AUGUAUUCUGCCGGUCCCUACGAAGAAGCUGUGUUUGAGCCGUCGCCAGGGAUAAUAGCGACCUCGCCCGACAACAGCUCUCUCCACUUAUCAAGUACAGAGACCGACAUGUCCCGAUAUUCGCCCGGUUAUGCAAUGGGGGAAGCAAGCAGGGUAGCAUACAUGCCGGAGCGAUCCAGUUAUUCGUCCUUGUUCCGCUCUGACUCCGAGAUAACACCAUUCUUUGUACCCUACCGCUGGUGGGAAGACGAAGCCACUACGGUGCUCUGGGCGUUUGACGUGCAAGAGAUUAAGCGCGUGAUCCGCUAUGGGCUCUUUCGUGAUCCCAAUCUCCCCCGCACCUCGCUGCAAAGCCGCAAUGCAACCACGAUAGACACCUUCUUGUUCUCACUUCUCGAGCCGCACGAGAGAUUCCUUCUUUCAAACCUGUCUCAUAUUCAAAAGGUGGAAGAGAUUCUUCGCCGGUCAACGAACAGCAGCCCUCCUUCUGUUCGCUGGAGUUGGUUUCCCUCACAGAAGGAUCGAGAUCUGGAUCCUCGCGCGUUGGCAAGAGAUAUUGAUGGGGAGAGUCACCUUCACUUCAAGCGCAUCUCAUUUGAGGAGCUUGUCCGUUACUCCUUGGGGUAUCCAGCCGCCUCCGUCGAUUGGUUCCUCCAACAACACACUGCCUUUUAUAUCCAUCUUUGGAACUAUUUCAAUGCAUUCCCCGAGGAAGUCGCACGGUAUACUGAGGUUGAGAAGGUCGGUGGCCUAGCACGGGUGACAAGAUUGCAGACUCUUCUUACUGACGCUCUGCACAGCACCUCCGAGGUCGGAGCCCCUUCGCCCAUCGUGCCUUGGUUCACUGUCUGCUCUCUAUGCAAAGUCAGACCGGGUUGGAUGUGCCGUUAG